CCAGGCUGAGGCGCGCGCGGUGACGAUCAGACCGUAGUCGGCUCCUGGUUCGGCCAUAGCGGAAGUGCGGAGCCGCGCGGCUCUCAGGGGCGCCGAGCUGCAGCGGGCGGGAGAUGGAGGGGAGCCAGGCGGCGACGGGGACCGAUGGUGUCCGCGAGCGGGGAGGCUCGGGCGGAGCGGGAAGGAGGGAGCAGAACCGAGAUGAGCGACCUCAGUCCGGGACGAACGGGCUCCCGAAACACUCCUACUGGCUGGAUCUCUGGCUCUUCCUCCUUUUCGACCUGGUGUUGUUCAUCUUCGUGUACCUCUUGCCCUGACUGCUUCACUGAGACAUCAAGAAUGUGGCCUCUGGAGCGAGUCCUGAAUACUACAGACUUCUUGAAUAAAGAGAAUUUCCAGCUGCCGAAUUCCAGACCUCUAACCUCUCCUUAAGCCUUGACCUCCCUAAAAUAGCACCAUGCCUUUUGAGCAUGUAUUUAAUGCUUGAAUUAAUAUGAUUGUAACUAAAUGAUAUAUAAUAUAUAUAUUUUAAUAAUGCCUGUAACUUAAGUACUUAAGGGAAAUUUAUGUGGAAUUUACUCAUCCAGCAGGUAUUUGGGCCCCUCAUUAUUAACUAGGCAUCAUUUUGGACACAUCAGUAAAUAACAACAAAAAGAAUUACCUUUGUGAAGCUUACUUUUUGAACAUUGUUUUUAAAAUAUGCUAUUUAAAAAUAUUUAUCGUCUAUUGUUGGAUAGGUAGCAUUUAUUCAGAAAGGCAGCAGUCCCAAAGCAGCCACUCCAAGUACUUCGGAAGCUGUUCCUUUUCGUCCUAAGCCUUGGGUAAUAAGAAAUUGGUUACUGUUGGCUUUAAUGCUAUUUAGUAUAUGAGAACUGCCUAAAACAUUUGGGAGUGGGGGGGCUUCUCCCUUAUAUUUAAGUUGUAAUAUUUGGUAAACUUUUAACUGUUAUGUCUUCAGGAUAUUGUUGCAUUUGUCUGGGUAAUUUUUUGUAAUUGUAAUUUGUAGUUGAAGCAUCUAUAUUAGAACACAGGACUGGGACAGGCACUGAGCUUACCAGACUGUGUGAUCCAGUUUGUACUGCAUACUAAUUUUCUCUAAUAAAUGUUUAGUUAUAUUGCUGAACUUAA